CAGAGCCAGUCUUUGGAGAAGAGUCCUCAUUGGAGGAUUCUGCGGACCCUGCCGUCCCUGGAUCUGUCCUCUCCUCCUGGUUUUGGUGUUCUGCCUCUAAGUCCAUCUUUAGAUCAGAAACAGUUUUAUUAAAAUGUCUGCAGCUUUAGCGCUCGCGCCUCCAUCAGCCUUUUAGAACUGUUCGUUUUGUUUCGGUUGUCCUGGAAACUAUCCACGGGAGCCAAUCAGAAGCCCGCUCUCAUUAAUAUUAACGAGCAGGAUGUGAGCAGGUCGCGCGGCGAGUCUGGUGGUGCGCAUGCGCGGAGCUCUGCCUCCAACAACAAGAAGCAGGAGCCAGGCAACAUGGCCGACCUGGGGAAGAAGUACUGCGUGAACUGCCUCGCUGAUGUGACGAACCUGCGGCUCCGCUGCACCGACUGCCCGGACAUCGAGCUGUGUCCGGAGUGCUUCUCUGCGGGGGCAGAACUCGGGAAUCACCGCAGAUGGCACGGCUACCAGCAGGUCGACGGCGGUCGGUUCUCUCUCUGGGGUCCCGAGGCGGAGGGAGGAUGGACCAGCAGGGAAGAGCAGUCGCUGCUCGAUGCCAUCGAACAGUACGGAUUCGGAAAUUGGGAGGACAUGGCGGCUCACGUCGGGGCGUCCAGGACUCCUCUGGAGGUCAUGGAGCAUUACGUCACCAUGUACAUCCACGGAAACCUGGGAAAGGCGUGCAUCCCCGACAACAUCCCCAACAGAGUGACGGACCAUACGUGCCCGAGCGGAGGUCCGCUGUCGCCCAGCCUCACCACGCCGCUUCCUCCGCUGGACAUCAGCCUGGCGGAGCAGCAGCAGCUGGGCUACAUGCCGCUGCGUGACGACUACGAGAUCGAAUACGACCAGGACGCAGAGAAGCUCAUCAGCGGGCUGUCUGUGAACUAUGACGACGAGGACGUUGAGAUAGAAAUGAAGCGCGCCCACGUGGACAUGUACGUUCGUAAGCUUCGAGAACGCCAGCGACGCAAGAACAUCGCCCGAGACUACAACCUGGUGCCAGGGUUUCUGGGUCGAGACAAGAAAGACAAGGAAAAGGAGAAACCGGGGACGCUGGGUGUGACCGGAGCUGCAGGGGGCGCUGGAGGGGCAGGAGCUGGAGGUGGGACUGUAGGAUCAGGCUCCACAGCAGCCGCAGGCUCCGGUCCUGUACCCGGUACACCAAAGAGGAAGAUCACCAAGGAGGAGAAGGACCAGAGGGUGAGGCUGAGAGGGCUCUGCCAGUUCAUGGCCCAUCGAGAGUUUGAGGACUUCUUUGAGAACAUGCAUAAAGAGCGAGUUCUGAGGGCGAAGGUACGAGAGCUGCAGCGCUACCGCCGCAACGGCAUUGCACGCCUCGAAGAGUCUACCGAGUACGAAGCAGCACGCCACAAACGAGAGAAACGCAAGGAGAACAAGAGUGUGCUCACAUCCAAGAGAGGCAGCGGAGGAGGGGGCGGGCUGGGCUCGGGUUUAGGACUAGGAGGACAAGGAGGAGGUGGGGGCGUGGCUGGAGGGCUGGGUGUUGGAGCUGGGAUCAAAGAGGAGAACAAAGACGGAGAGUUUUCUGCCAUAGAGAACCUGACGGGCUUCGAGCUGCUGUCCGACAGAGAGAAGGUUCUGUGUAACUCUCUGAACCUCAGCCCAGCUCGAUACCUGACCGUCAAAACCAUCAUCAUCAAAGACCACCUGCAGAAGAGGCAGGGCAUCCCGGCCAAGAGCAGGCUGCCCAGCUACCUGGACAAGGUGCUCAAGAAGCGCAUCCUAACCUUCCUCACUGAGAGCGGCUGGAUCUCCAGAGACGCCUCGUAGCGAGGUCAGGGGGACCGGACUGCUGUCUCUACGUGUUCGUACGGAGACUGUGUAAAUAUGUUCAAACUCAGAGAGGACGCUGAAAACACGAACUCAUACAGCAGAGGGUCUGUCUUUACACGGGGCCACAGAACUCCUCACAGGAUGUGGACUCUCACCUGGUCACCAUCAGGUUCACUGAAGGUGUCAGCAGGUAGACCUCUCUGAACAGAUACCCGGGGACAGACGUACAGUGUUUUCAGGCUCUCUCAAACUCUCCCACAGAUAAACUUAAUCCACGUGUAAUGUUUCUGUCUUUCGUCUCUCAGCCUGUAAGAGGAGGACGAGAUCUGACUGAAGCCUCCUGAUGUUGGUCCAGUCUGAAAACACAGUCCGUUCACGAAGCGGACUAACCCAAGCCCUGCUUUCAGAAUGAGUCAGUGAAGCGUGUUGAUGCAGACUCUGUUCUGGCUGUCAGGCUCUGCAGAGUACCUGAGCUUGUGUCCAGGCUCUGCAGCGUACCUGAGCUUGUGUCCAGGCUCUGCAGUGUACCUGAGCUGGUGUUCAGGCUCUGCAGUGUACCUGAGCUGGUGUCCAGGCUCUGCAGUGUACCUGAGCUGGUGUUCAGGCUCUGCAGCGUACCUGAGCUGGUGUUCAGGCUCUGCAGUGUACCUGAGCUGGUGUCCAGUGUUUGAGAUCAUAAGGGUCUUUAUUUUCAAACAUCAGACUCAUGUCUGCACCCUGUGGAGCCCCCCCCUGCUGGACAUGUGAGAGAAUGCAGGUUAAAGGCACUUAACUCCUCAGACUCAAGUCCUGGUCUCAUCAGUGUUCAUAUUGCUAACGCAUACACCAAAGACAUGUGAGAGAAGAAGAGGCGGAUGUUUCAAACAUGCAGAGUAAUAUCAGUACCUCAUGUUUGCAGGGGGUCAGACAGGUGUCCCUGCCUCUCUCUGCGGGUGUGUCUGACCCUGCAGCAGCGUCUCUCUUCAGGCUGAGCUGGGCGAAGGACAGUGAGCAAUGUGAACUGAUUGAUUGUAAGUUGCCUCAGAGGGCUGUGAGAGAGGAGACAGACUCUGUCUCAGGCUGUGAGUUCUGAUCUGUGUCAGGAGAAAGUCUGAUUUUAAAUAACAGCUGAUUUUCUUUCUUCCUUUUAACCCCGUGUGGAGUCAGACAGCAGCGCUGAGGCAGAAGAGGCGUGUGUCUCACACUCUGCUCUCUGCCUCAGGUCUGUGUUACCUGUGAAGCGCUGAGACUGGGUGCGGGCUGCUUCACGGCCGUUUACACUGUAUUUGACUCAGACCACAGCACUGAAUGUGUGUUAGUCCUCUGCAGAAAGUAGUCCCCAGCAGACGCACUGUGUUUCGUUUUGAGUUGAUUUCAGCUGUUUUAGGAUAAACAUGCUGAUUUAGAAAACAUGUAAUAAACACACUGAUGAAACUCUUCGCCUGUACGAACACCUGAGGAGCCGUCUGACUGAGCUGGGACGUGGUCUCUCGUUUGUUGGUUAUUACAAAGAGAGCUGCCGGCUCGUCUUAAAGUGAUAAAGACUGAGUACGAGUGUUUUAACUCAACUCGCAGGAUAUGACUCCUCCCCUUCACUGCAUGUUCACGCUCACGUCCUCAUCCUCAGAGAUCCUCUGAAGCUUUGAGCUUUUUAUUCAGUGGUCAGAUUAACCCCUGAACCAAAACACGCCACACACACACACACACAUUGAAAACAUUCAUUCAUACUGCAGACAGUCUCUGUAACGUCAGUGAGGAGGCAGAGAGAGGACAGCACUAAAUAUACUCAGGACUCUGAGGCGCCUGGGCUGAGAUUGUCCUUAGAUAAUGAGCGUCCCGUGUUUUACAGACGUAAUGUCAUCUUUCACACACCUCGUCGGUCACCUCAUGUGCACACACGCUCUGUGCACGGCUGCGUCAGCGUCGUGUCUGCUGACUGACAUGUUGUGAUGGAGAUUUGAUGGAGCCUGAAAACUGAGGAGAUGUGAAGAGAUGUGAGGAGACGUGAGCCUCAGUAAGUUUGGUCAGAUGAUAAAAAAAAGUCUUUUGAGGUCAGAGACUGAAAGCUUUUGAACUGUUGAUCUGAUUCAGAGCCCGUAAACCAAACAUGACCUGAAACUGUCCCAUGAGUUUGAUGGCUGUAAAUUGAAUGUAGAUUCAGAUUUCUGCAUGAACCAAACGUUCAAAGUGUUUAAUUGUGAAAUGAAAAUAUUGUAUUUUCCUUCAGUGGGAGUAUUUUUUGUAAGGGAGGGUUUGCUUACGGUCCCAGCAUGUAAAUAUUUUUGUAAGAUAACGGGGAAAGAGAGACUAUACGGAUGGACGUGUGAGAUGUACAGUAUUUUGAGUCCUUUUAUAGCUUUUGUAAUAAAUAGGUUUUGGAUGACAGGUUUUCUGACACUGGCUGUGGAGGUGGCAUGCUGAUGAGUCUGAUGCUGUGUUUGUUGUCCUGUCACCUUGUUGUUGUUGAAAAUGACACGGUGUGUUUGGAGUUGUAUUAAAGUGCAGAUACUUUAUCAUUCUGAA